CUCCUGCACUGGCAGGUGGAUUCUUUACCACUUUUUCACCUGGGAAGCCCAAUGGCAGGGGUGAUGUAUAUUAUUCUUCAUUUUAUUUUCCAUGAUAGCUAGCUAAUGAGUAACUUCUGACAUGCCACAUUUCAAUGAUUAUUUUGUGAUAGACUUUGAAGCAGAAUUAUUUUUAAAACUGAAGUAUAAUAGAAGUAUUGGUGCUUUGUUAAGAAUAUUAUAUAUAUUAAAUAAAUAGGUAUUUGCAAAUGAUCCAUUAAACUAUCCAAAAAGUUGAAACAGAUUUAAAGUGAACCAAGAAGUGGCUAAACCAAAAAGAACCUCAGGAUCUUUCUUGUACUUACAUAAUCAGUCACAUGAUGUCGCUGUAUACUCAAAAGGUGAAAAGGGAAAACUGUCUCCAAGUCCAGAUUCCAACAAUCCACAGAGUAGGAUAGACUCCAUACUGACCGGAAGGCUGGGUAAAAUUUACUGAAGAUAUACUUACGGAAGGGGAGACUGGUCAUAAAUGUUGGCAAGCGAACUAUCCAUUAAAACUGACAGUCUCACCUCAGAGAUUCCAUUUAUCUGCAAUGGUGUUUUCUUGGCGAGGAGACUUCGAAGCUCGGAGCCUGCUACUCUCGAUUUUGCUCCUCGCAGCCUGGGAGUCGGGGAGGGGCCAAGUCCAUUACUCAGUUCCCGAGGAGGCAAAACACGGCACCUUCGUGGGCCGCAUCGCCCAGGACCUGGGACUGGAGCUGGCGGAGCUGGUGCCCCGCCUGUUCCGGGUGGCGUCCAAAGGCCGCGGGGACCUUCUGGAGGUAAAUCUGCAGAAUGGCAUUUUGUUUGUGAAUUCUCGGAUCGACCGGGAGGAGCUGUGCGGACGGAGCGCGGAGUGCAGCAUCCACCUGGAGGUGAUCGUGGACCGGCCGCUGCAGGUGUUCCAUGUGGAGGUGGAGGUGAAGGACAUUAACGACAACCCGCCAGUAUUCAGAGGAGAACAAAAGGUACUCAUUUCUGAAUCUGCGCCUUUGGAGUCUCGUUUUCCUCUAGAGGGCGCUUCUGAUGCGGAUAUCGGCCUAAACGCUCUUCUGACCUAUAGGUUAAGUCUAAAUGAGUAUUUUACUCUUAAACUAAUAACGAAAACCGACAAAAGUAUAUUGCCUGAACUCAUUCUUCGGAAGUCAUUGGAUAGAGAAGAAAUACCAGAACUUAAUAUGUUGCUGACCGCUCUGGAUGGCGGUAAACCCCAGCUAACAGAAUCUGUUCAGAUUCAAAUAACCAUCCUGGAUGUUAAUGACAAUGCUCCUGAGUUUGAUAAGCCUGGCUAUAAAGUGGUGCUGUUUGAAAAUGUCCCAAACGGCACCAGAAUCAUUCAACUAAAUGCUUCUGAUCUAGACGAAGGACCAAACAGAGAAAUUUCCUAUGGAAUCAGAAUGAUUCUGCCACUGAGUGAGAAAUGUAUGUUUUUAAUAAAUCCACAAACAGGUGAAAUUAGAAUUUACGGGAAACUGGAUUUUGAAGAGAAUAAUGAGUAUGAAAUCCAGGUUAACGCCAUUGAUAAAGGGAUUCCGCCCAUGGCUGGUCAUUGCACGGUCCUGGUGGAAGUUCUAGACCUGAAUGACAAUACCCCUGAGGUAAUGAUCACUUCGCUGUCGCUCCCAGUGCGGGAGGACGCUCAGGUGGGCACUGUCAUUGCCUUGAUCAGCGUGUCCGACUGUGACUCCGGCGCCAAUGGGCAGGUGACCUGCUCACUCACACCACCUCAUAUCCCCUUCAAGCUGGUGUCCACCUUCAAGAAUUACUAUUCGAUAGUGCUGGACAGCGUCCUGGACCGCGAGAGUGCGUCGAACUAUGAAGUGGUGGUGACAGCGAGGGACGGCGGCUCACCUUCUCUGUCGGCCACCGCCAGCGUGUACGUGGAGGUGGCCGACGUGAACGACAAUGUGCCUGCCUUCCCGCAGCCCGAGUACACGGUGUUCGUGAAGGAGAACAACCCGCCCGGCUGCCACAUCUUCACCGUGUCGGCGCGAGACGCCGACGCGCAGGAGAACGCGCUGGUGUCUUACUCGCUGGUGGAGCGGAGGGUGGGCGAGCGCUCGCUGUCGAGCUACGUGUCGGUGCACGCGGAGAGCGGCAAGGUGUACGCGCUGCAGCCGCUGGACCACGAGGAGCUGGAGAUGCUGCAGUUCCAGGUGAGCGCGCGCGACGCGGGCGUGCCUCCCCUGGGCAGCAACGUGACGCUGCAGGUGUUCGUGCUGGACGAGAAUGACAACGCGCCUGCGCUGCUGCCGCCCGGGCCAGGCAGAGGACCCAGCGAAGUGAGCCAGGUGGUGGUGCGGUCCGUGGGCGCGGGCCACGUGGUGGCGAAGGUGCGCGCGGUGGACGCGGACUCGGGCUACAAUGCGUGGCUGUCUUACGAGCUGCAGCCGGCGGCGGGCGGCUCGCGCAGCCCGUUCCGCGUGGGGCUGUACACCGGCGAGAUCAGCACGACGCGUGCCCUAGACGAGGCGGACGCGCCGCGCCAGCGCCUGCUGGUGCUGGUGAAGGACCACGGCGAGCCGGCGCUGACGGCCACGGCCACCGUGCUGCUGUCGCUGGAAGACAGCGGCCAGGCUCCCAAGGCCUCUUCGCGGGCGUUGUCUGGUGCAGCUGGAGCAGAGACUGCGUUAGUGGAUGUGAAUGUGUACCUGAUCAUCGCCAUCUGCGCGGUGUCCAGCCUGUUGGUGCUCACGCUGCUGCUGUACACGGCACUGCGGUGCUCGGCGCCGCCCAGCGAGGGCGCGUGCGGGCCCGUGAAGCCCAGGCUGGUGUGCUCCAGCGCGGUGGGGAGCUGGUCUUUCUCUCAGGAGAGGCGGCAGAGGGUGUGCUCUGGGGAGGGGCCGCCCAAGACCGACCUCAUGGCCUUCAGACCCUGUCUUCCAGCGUCUGGAGAAUAUUGUUUAAAUCCUUCCAGUGAAGUAAGUCCUUGAUAUCAUUUAAGUAUGUUAGUCAUUUUGUAGGUUUCAUGUAUUAGCCCAAAUUUUCAAGCAUUCAGUUCAGUUCAGUCGCGUCCGACUCUUCUCUACCCCAUGGAUGCCAGGCUUUCCUGUCCAUCACCAGCUCCCAGAGCUUGCUCAAACUUAUGUCCACUGAGUCGGUGAUGCCAUCCAACCAUCUCAUCCUCUGUCGUCCCCUUCUCCUGCCUUCACUCUUUUCCAGCAUUCCAUUUUAUCUUUUCCAAUUAUUUUCAGCAUUUCAAGCAUUAAGUAAUUGGAGAAGAUAAAAUGGAGGCCAUGGAUAACCAGAUUUAAAGUUUCCUGGCUCUAUAAUUUUUCAUAUUAUCUAUGAAUUUCUAGCCUUGAAAGAAAUAAGUACAUUUGAGUAAAAACUAAGUUCUGAUAAAUUUAUUUUUAAUUUGUACUCAAUUUCAUAAUUAAAUUAAAUUUGCAAGGUUAGUGUAGAGAGUUCCCAGAUAUCAUAAACUAGAUUCCUUUACUGCUCUUUACAUGCAUAGACUUGUAAAAUAGUCUUCUUGAUCACCAAUCUAGUUGCAGUACAAUCCCCUUUCAAGUAUUAUAACAAUAAUAAAAAUUGUUAUCAAUUCUAAAAUGAGUAAUUUGUUAUUGCUCCCAUAGAGUACCUUUCUUCCCAUUGUGAUUGGCUGCAGUACUGUUGUUAUUUACAUAAAAUAUGUCAUUUAAAAUAUUGUAAUAUCUAUCUAAAGCAGGAUGCACCUUAUAAUUAAUGGGUUAUAACAAUUUAACUGAUUCUUUUUCUUGGUAGCACACAAAUAAUGACACAUCUUACAAUUAGUAACAUUUCUUUGAUCCCAUAAAAUAUAAGAAUAGUUAUUCAGGACUUGUCUGGUGGUCCAGUGGCUAAGACUCUGCAUUCCCAAAGCAGGAAGACUGGGUUUGAUCCCUGGUCUGGGACCCAGCACAACCAAAGAAUAUUUAUCGCCUUCUAUUUUUUCCAGGACCUGUUCUAAGAUCUUUAAUUGUAUUAUCUCAUUUAGUUAUGAAAUCACCCCUACAGUGCAGGUACAAUAUUUAUUAUUAGCAUUCUACUGAUAAGAAGUCUGAAACUUAAGCCACAUAGAUCAUGCAAAGUGACUCAAACCCAGUUUUGGAGGAUCACCAACCCAUUAUGGCAUGCUACUGCUCUGAUACAAUUAUCAGGUGAAUCUUCUAAAACUGUAUUUUACAUCUUGUAAUUUUCUUCCACACAAAGCCUUUCCAGAGUGUUUUUUAAUGUGAGGGAAAGAAGUAAGUAAAGAGGGAGAUACUGAAAAUCAGACAGGCAGAGAAGGAAUGAAGAUGAACAUGAAACAUAUGAAUGAGAAUAGAGAAAAAAAUUAAGACAGUAGUGUUGGCCUUAAAAGUGGCACGAUUUUUCCUUAGUAGUGAAUGAAUAAUAGAGAAUAUAAAGAGAAAUGUCAACAUAAGAAGAGAGCCAUUGAGUUUGUAUUUGAUGACUUAUCUUUCUGGGUAAGUCAUCUGAGAACCACAUGGUUGGAAUGAGGUUGGGAAUUUGAGAAAAAAGAAGAAAGUGUGGAAGAAUCUCUAUGGGCAGGAAUUAUGAAUUCACUUGAGGGGUCAGUUGAGGUAAAGGUGAGCAUAAACUUGUAGAGAAUAUAGUAAUGUUAAGUGGCUAAUGAACUGAGGAGUUAAAUAGAAAGCAAUUGAGAAAAUGAAUAGUUAGGCUGUGUAUUGAAAGGUAAAGAAAAUGUUAAAGAGAGGUGAUAUAAGAAGAUAUGUACCUAUAGGGUAUCUGAAAGGGCAUGUUUUAUUUUAUUUUUUAAAAUUUUAAUUUGUGUUAGAGUAUAGCCAAUAAACAAUGUUGUGAUAGUUUCAGGUAGACAGCAAAGGGAUUCAGUUAUACAUACACAUGUAUCCAUUC